AUGCCGUUGGAGCUUUUACUCCUCAAAGUUGCCAUUAUGCCAGCCGCCUUGCUGCUUUCUAUGAUUAUAUGCGUAAAGAUUAAGAACGACAACGAUGAGGAAGCCAAUGUCGUCUACUUCAACAUCUUUCAACUGAAACGUCAGAUCGACGACGACGACGACGACGACGACGGCAGCAGUGAAGAAUCCGGAGAAGAGAGCGAGCCUAGGACUACGGCAGCUGGUGAUAGAAAGAAGAAAAAAUAUCGUCCACCCAACGACAACGAAACAGUCGACGAAUGUGCCAGUGCAUGGGAAAAACCGGUUGAAAAACCACCACCACCACCACCUCCACAACCUCCACUACCUCAGCUACGACCACCAUGGCCUAUGCAACAGCAAUGGGCUCAGCAAUUCGUUAAAGCGAACACACGUAGUAUGACCCCUAGUUCUAAGCGGCGGAAGAAAAGUACACGGAAGAAGGGAUCCAAGGAAUUUGUUUGGGAUGGCAAAGAUUUUUACUAUAUUCUUCCAACGCCCAGAAUACAAAAAACACAGCAAGAUCGUCAGCCAGCACCUGCCAAAGUUGGGACAAAAAACGACCCUCAAAAACAGGAACCGCAACAACAAUCACCACCAAAACAACAACAACAACAACAGCAACAACAACAACAGCAACAACAACAAGAUCCGAAAAAUCCUGUCCCAAGAGGUUUUUACUAG